ACGGGCAAGACGCAGGCUGAUAGCAGAGCUAUCUCCACCACCGUCAGCAGGAGCUCAGCCGGCGGCCUCCCGAGGGACCGGGGAGGGAGGAUGGAGGGAGGCAUGGACCUCCUCCAUGACUUUGGCAUCCAGUCCACACGCUACCUGCAGGUGAACUACCAGGACUCCCAGGACUGGUUCAUCCUGGUGUCCGUGAUCGCAGACCUCAGGAAUGCCUUCUACGUCCUCUUCCCCAUCUGGUUCCACCUCCGAGAGGCUGUGGGCAUCAAGCUGCUGUGGGUGGCCGUGAUUGGGGACUGGCUCAACCUCAUCUUCAAGUGGAUUCUCUUCGGGCAGCGCCCGUACUGGUGGGUCCUGGACACGGACUACUACGGCAACACCUCGGUGCCACAGAUAAAGCAGUUCCCGGUCACCUGUGAGACUGGGCCAGGGAGUCCCUCCGGCCACGCGAUGGGUACCGCGGGUGUAUACUACGUGAUGGUCACAUCCACCCUCUCUAUCUUCCGGGGAAAGAAAAAGGCCACCUACAGAUUUCGGUUUUUGAACGUCACUUUGUGGUUGGGAUUCUGGGUCGUGCAGCUGAACGUCUGCCUGUCCCGAAUCUACCUCGCUGCGCAUUUCCCCCACCAGGUUGUUGCCGGAGUCUUGUCAGGCAUUGCUGUUGCUGAAACGUUCCGCCACAUCCAGGGCAUCUACAAUGCCAGUCUCAAGAAAUACUUUCUCAUUACCUUCUUCCUGUUCAGCUUCGCCAUUGGAUUUUACCUGUUGCUCAAGGGGCUGGGUGUGGACCUCCUGUGGACUCUAGAGAAAGCCAAGAGGUGGUGUGAGCGGCCAGAAUGGGUCCACAUCGACACCACCCCCUUUGCCAGCCUCCUGAAGAACCUGGGGACCCUCUUCGGCCUGGGGCUGGCUCUCAACUCCAGCCUGUACAGGGAGAGCUGCAAGGGCAAGCUGAGCAAGUGGUUCCCGUUCCGCCUCGGCUGCAUCGUGGUCUCCCUCGUGCUGCUGCACCUCUUCGACUCGCUGAAGCCCCCGUCCCAAGUCGAGCUGACCUUCUACAUCCUGUCCUUCUGCAAGAGCGCGGCGGUGCCCCUGGCCUCAGUCAGCCUCAUCCCCUACUGCCUCGCCCGGAUCCUGGGCCAGCCGGACAAGAAGUCUUUGUAAAGACUGUGGAGCCUUCAGUAUUUAAAGCCAACGGCUGUGCCAAGGCCUGAGGGCAGCUAGCAUCUUCUGCCAGCCCACUGUGAGGCCAGAAGCGCCCCGAGUCUUGCCUUGCGUGACCCACUUCCUCCUUUGCAUUUCUAAUUUGUAUUGGGGGAUGGUUUUUGAAAGGCUAUAAUGAGGGUAUUUGAGGAUACCCUUGUCUGUGAGAAGUCGAGUUCUUCUGGAUCUUCCCCUGAAGA